UCCGCCCCCGGCUCUCCGCGCCGGAGGUGAGCAGGAAGGAGACGGCCGCCCAGCUAACAGCCCGUGGGCCCGCGCGGCAGAACCAGCGGAGCCGGCGGCGGGGGCCAAGGGACGCCGAGGCCUCGGGCAGGCGCCGUCCUGGGGUUCCAGGUCUCAGGCAGGGCCCAUAAACUAAGCAAGAUGAGGCGGUUCCUAAGACCCGGGCACGACCCUGCGAGGGAGAGGCUGAAGCGGGACCUUUUCCAGUUUAACAAGACGGUGGAGCAUGGCUUCCCACACCAGCCCAGUGCCCUUGGCUACAGCCCUUCCCUGCGCAUACUGGCCAUCGGCACCCGCUCCGGAGCCGUCAAGCUCUAUGGUGCCCCAGGGGUGGAGUUCAUGGGGCUGCACCGGGAGAACAAUGCUGUGAUGCAGAUCCACUUCCUGCCUGGCCAGUGCCAGCUGGUCACCCUGCUAGAUGACAACAGCCUGCACCUGUGGAGCCUGAAGGUCAAAGGUGGUGUGUCAGAGCUUCAGGAGGAUGAGAGCUUCACCUUGCGUGGCCCCCCAGGGGCUGCUCCCAGUGCCACACAGAUCACUGUCGUCCUGCCUCAUUCUUCCCGAGAGCUGCUCUACCUGGGCACCGAGAGUGGCAACGUGUUUGUGGUGCAGCUGCCAGGCUUCCGUGCCCUGGAGGACCAGACCAUCAGCUCAGAGGCCGUGCUGCAGCGGUUGCCAGAAGAGGCCCGCCACCGGCGAGUGUUUGAGAUGGUAGAGGCUCUGCAGGAGCACCCUCGAGACCCUAACCAGGUCCUGAUCGGCUACAGCCGAGGCCUUGUUGUCAUCUGGGACCUACAGGGCAGCCGUGUACUCUGUCAUUUCCUCAGUAACCAGCAACUGGAGAAUGUCACUUGGCAGCGGGAUGGCCGCCUCAUUGUCACUUGCCACUCUGAUGGCAGCCAUUGCCAGUGGCCUGUGUCCAGUCAGGCCCAGCAACCUGAGCCCCUGCGCAGCUCCAUGCCUUACGGUCCCUUUCCUUGCAAAGCAAUUACCAAAAUCUUCUGGCUGACCACCAGGCAGGGGUUGCCCUUCACCAUCUUCCAGGGCGGCAUGCCACGUGCCAGCUACGGGGACCGCCACUGCAUCUCAGUGGUCCACAAUGGCCAGCAGGUAGCCUUUGACUUCACUUCCCGUGUCAUUGACUUCACCGUCUUGGCAGAGGUGGACCCUGCAGCCGCCUUUGAUGACCCCUAUGCCCUUGUGGUGCUGGCCGAAGAGGAGUUGGUGGUGAUUGACCUGCGGACAGCAGGCUGGCCAUCUGUCCAGCCACCCUACCUGGCCUCCCUGCACUGUUCCGCCAUCACCUGCUCCCACCACAUCUCCAACAUCCCUCUGAAGCUGUGGGAGCACAUCAUUGCCGCGGGCAGCCGGCAGAAUGCUCAGUUUUCCACCAUGGAAUGGCCCAUCAAUGGUGGCACCAGCCUGGCCCCACCCCCACCCCAGAGGGACCUGCUGCUCACAGGGCAUGAGGAUGGCACUGUACGGUUCUGGGAUGCCUCUGGUGUCUGCUUGCGAUUGCUGUACAAACUCAGCACCGCGCGGGUGUUCCUCACUGAAACGGACCCCAGCGAGAACCUCAAUGCCCAGGGCGAAGACGAGUGGCCUCCACUCCGUAAGGUGGGCUCCUUUGACCCCUACAGUGAUGACCCCCGGCUGGGCAUCCAGAAGAUUUUCCUCUGCAAAUACAGUGGCUACCUGGCUGUGGCAGGCACGGCAGGGCAGGUGCUCGUGCUGGAGCUGAACGACGAGGCGGCAGAGCAUGCUGUGGAGGAGGUGGAGGCCGACCUGCUGCAGGACCAGGAGGGCUACCGCUGGAAGGGACAUGAGCGCCUGGCCGCCCGCGCAGGGCCCAUGCACUUCGAGCCCGGCUUUCAGCCCUUUGUGUUGGUACAAUGCCAGCCCCCAGCUGUGGUCACCUCCUUGGCCCUGCACUCUGAGUGGCGGCUUGUGGCCUUUGGCACCAGCCACGGCUUUGGCCUCUUUGACCACCAGCAGCGGCGGCAGGUCUUUGUCAAGUGUACCCUCCACCCCAGUGACCAACUAGCCCUGGAGGGCCCACUGUCCCGUGUAAAGUCCCUCAAGAAGUCCCUGCGUCAGUCAUUCCGCCGGAUACGCCGCAGCAGAGUGUCUAGCCGGAAGCGGCGGCCAGCUGGCCCCCCAGGAGAGAUGCAGGCAGCAAACACCAAGCCCGAGCGGACGGGGCUGCAGAACAUGGAGUUGGCACCUGUGCAGCGCAAGAUCGAAGCCCGCUCAGCUGAAGACUCCUUCACAGGCUUUGUCCGGACCCUCUACUUUGCCGACACCUACCUGAGGGACAGCUCCCGCCACUGCCCUUCGCUGUGGGCUGGCACCAAUGGAGGUACUGUCUAUGCUUUCUCCCUGCGUGUGCCCCCGGCUGAUCGGAGAAUGGAUGAGCCAGUGCGGGCGGAACAGGCCAAGGAGAUCCAACUGAUGCACCGAGCGCCAGUUGUGGGUAUCCUGGUGCUCGACGGGCACAGCAUACCCCUUCCUGAGCCCCUGGAAGUGGCCCAUGACCUGUCAAAAAGCCCAGACAUGCAGGGAAGCCACCAGCUGCUUGUGGUGUCAGAGGAACAAUUUAAGGUGUUCACGCUGCCCAAGGUGAGUGCCAAGCUGAAACUGAAGCUGACGGCCCUGGAGGGCUCCAGGGUCCGACGGGUUGGCGUGGCCCACUUCAGCAGCUGUCGGGCCGAGGAUUAUGGGGAGCACCAUCUGGCGGUCCUCACCAACCUGGGUGACAUCCAGGUGGUCUCACUGCCCCUGCUCAAGCCCCAGGUGCGAUACAGCUGCAUUCGCCGGGAGGACGUCAGCGGCAUUGCCUCCUGUGUCUUCACCAAAUAUGGCCAAGGUUUCUACCUGAUCUCACCCUCAGAGUUUGAGCGCUUUUCUCUUUCCACCAAAUGGCUGGUCGAGCCCCGGUGUCUGGUGGAAUCUGCCAGAACCAAGCACCACAGCCGCCCCAGCAAUGGCAAUGGCCCUGGCCCGGACAAGUCCUUGGGCCAAACCAGGAACUCGGGGAGCCAAAGUGAUGGAGAGGAGAAGAAACCCGGCCCGGUGAUGGAGCACGCACUGCUCAAUGAUGAGCGUGAGUCAGGGAGUCCUGAAGGAAAUCCAGAGCACACUGGAGGGAGACCGAGGGAGCUGUGGCAAUUGGCGGUCUCACCGAAUGGCUGUGGGAUGCAGCCUCGGUAAUGGGGGAGCAGAGUGAACAGGACAGGUGACCAAGCUGCAAGAUGAACACACACUACUGAGGGCCCUCAGUGGGCGGAGCUGCUCCUGCUGGAGAGGCCCGUGCACUGGGCCAGGCCAUGGGCUUCGAUUGCCCCUGGUCUCCACCCUGCUGCUGCUCCUGGCCUUGCAGGAGGAGAGACCCCACUCCCGGGGCAGCCCCUCCUGGCCUUGUCUGUCUCAGUCCUUUUAUCAAUGUUGCACAGUUUUUAUUCCUCUGUCCCCCCCCCCCCUUUUUGUAGUGGGUUGGGUUUUAAAUUAUAAAUCUUAACUGCCUUUGGGUGAAACAGAGUUUUUAAUAAACACCUUAUUACCUCUUGA